CACGCCGACGUCACUCCGAGGCCAAUCCGGGGAGCGCUUUGUGCUGGGGGCGGGGCAUCCGACCGGCCCGGCCUGCAGUGCGCAGAGGACGCGGAGAGAGCAUGUACGCGUUCCUCAGCCGCGGGCUAGGCCGAGGCCUCUUGCGGGCCGCGGGGCGGAGGUGCUGGGGCUGCUCCGCACGUCUGCUCCCGGAGCCGGCAGGAGGUCCAAGACCCGAGGCGAAGGGGCCGCCGCCGCGAGUCGCGCUGCACCGCCGGGGCCCGGGCCUGCUGCCGCUGGUAGCAGCGCUCGCCUGGUUCUCGAGGCCCGCUGCGGAAGAGGAGGAGCGGCCGCCGGACGCGGCGGCGGACGCGGUGGAGGCCAAGAUCAUUCAGCUGCUGAAGCGAGCCAAGUUGAGCAUCAUGAAAGAUGAACCAGAAGAGGCUGAGCUAAUUUUGCAUGAUGCACUCCGCCUUGCCUAUCAGAGUGAUAACAAGAAGGCCAUCACUUACACUUACGACUUGAUGGCCAAUUUAGCUUUUAUACGAGGUCAGCUUGAAAAUGCAGAACAACUUUUUAAAGCAACUAUGAGUUACCUGCUUGGAGGGGGCAUGAAGCAGGAAGACAAUGCAAUAAUUGAAAUCUCCCUGAAGCUGGCCAGUAUCUAUGCUGCUCAGAAUAGACAAGAGUUUGCUCUUGCUGGCUAUGAAUUCUGCAUUUCUACUCUGGAGAAAAAAAUUGAAAGGGAAAAGGAAUUAACAGAAGACAUAUCAGCGGAAGAAAAAGCCAAUACACACCUCCUUCUGGGCAUAUGCUUAGACUCCUGUGCACGCUACCUGCUCUUCUCCAAGAAACCAUCACAGGCACAAAAAAUGUAUGAAAAAGCGCUGCAGAUCUCUCAAGAAAUACAAGGAGAAAGACAUCCACAGACUAUCGUGCUGAUGAGUGACCUUGCUACUACCCUGGAUGCACAGGGUCACUUUGAUGAGGCCUACCUUUAUAUGCAGAGAGCAUCAGAUCUGGCAAGAGAAAUAAAUCAUCCUGAGUUGCACAUGGUGCUCAGUAAUCUAGCUACAAUUCUGAUGCACAAAGAACGAUAUACACAAGCAAAAGAGAUCUACCAGGAAGCACUGAAGCAAGCAGAGCUGAAAAGGGAUGAGGUUUCUGUACAGCACAUCAGGGAAGAAUUGGCUGAGCUGUCAAGAAAAAAAAGUAGACUUUUGACUUAAUUCUAUCAAGCUUAUUUUAAGUUCAUUUUGUUGUAAGGAAGGGGGGAUUUCUAGUAACCUAAGGAAUAGCUCAACUUACCCUUGGUGAAGGAUAGUUGUAUUGCCACUUGUUUUCAAAGGAAAAACAGCAUUCACCCUCUGCUGAUUAUGAUCUCUAAAGACCAAUGUUUUCUGUAAUACUGUGUGAUUAGGUGCUAUCUCUGCCAGUCUGAGUAUAAUUAUAGAUUAAGAUGGGCCAGUGUUCUCUUGGGGUAAGGGAUAUGAUCAUUAUGCCUGGCCAUCUGUUCCAUAAGAUUCUUGCUACUGAUUUGUUGCCCAUCUCUUACUGUAUCAGUAUCUGGCUGAUCAGAGCUACAUGUCUUAUGGCAGAAGAGGAUUUUGGUGAGUUUUCCUCUCUUGAUUGUUUCCUGAAGCACAGUGUGAGACUUAAUGCAUAAGGGAGGAGUAAUUCCUUAGUUGGCCACCAGCAGCCAGCAUAAAGUUUUAGGGGGAAUUAGGCACUUGAAAGUAUAGUACCUAUCUGAUUGUAAGUUAUGGUUAUAAAUGUUAGUAUUAACAGUCAUGAUGAGGGAAGGAAGGAUGUCACUUCUUGAAGCCUGUCAGUGCUAUGUGAGCAUUCAAUUUCCUGUCCUAUUGAAGUCUCAACAGUUACCUGAGACCUUCUAGGCCUUUUGACUAAGAACAAGCCCCUGCAACUGUGGCCUUGCCACCAGUGCUGAGUACAUAGCAGAACCACUGACCUGGGUCAUAGUCCUAGCUUUUUUAUGUUAUUUCAGUAUCCUCAUUUGUAAAGAGGGAAAGAAAUGAGAACCCGUUUUUAGCCAUGGGUAUCUGGUCAGGUGACUUAGAAGGCUGCUAAGGUUGAAGAGUUUCAUCACACUGCUUCAAAAUAUGUAAAUACAAGACACACAGAUGGAUGUUAUCCUGUCUUGCAAGUAGCCAUUU